CAUGCGCGCGCGCCGGUCGCGGUUCGAUCAAGACAAAGAUGGCCGCACGCGUGUAACCGAUUUGAAAAUCGAAUUUCCAUUUUUUAUUUAAGUUUAAGUUUGACAAAGGAAUUUGUGUGUUUGUGGAUUAAAAUUGUGUGUGGAUUUUUACCGAAAAGAAAAGAUGAGCUGUAUCAGGAUCUUCAACGUCCUGCGCCGUUGUAAGCAACUAGAUGACGGCGACAACUCCACCCAGCUCGCACGAUGUCUGGGUCUCCUGGACCUCACAGCUCUGGGGGUCGGAAGCACCCUCGGGCUUGGGGUCUACGUGCUCGCUGGAGCGGUCGCGAAGGACGUGGCUGGACCCGCCGUGACCCUCAGCUUUCUAGUUGCUGCUAUUGCUUCGGCGUUUGCUGGGCUAUGCUACGCAGAGUUCGCAUCCCGAGUCCCUAAAGCGGGUUCCGCAUAUGUCUACAGCUACGUCAGCGUCGGAGAGUUCAUAGCCUUCACCAUCGGUUGGAACCUCAUCCUCGAAUACGUCAUUGGCACUGCCAGCGUGGCCAAGGGCAUGGCCAACUACAUAGACAGCCUGUGCAAUAACACCAUGGCCAAAACUAUGGCCGAUAUUGCGCCAAUAAAGAUACCUUUUAUGGCUGAUUACCCGGAUUUCUUCGCAUUUGGUCUAGUGCUACUUAUAGCGAUUCUACUUGGCAUCGGUGUGAGCGAGUCAACGAAACUGAACAAUGUUUUUACUGCUCUCAAUAUGGCCACGGUGAUUAUAGUUGUCGUUGCGGGUGCUAUCAAAAGUGAUCCCGCAAAUUGGAGGAUCAAAGUUGAAGACAUACCAGAAGAAUACCGUUCCAAAGCUGGCGAAGGAGGUUUCAUGCCGUGGGGGGUGGCUGGCGUCAUGGCAGGGGCUGCUAAAUGCUUCUUCGGCUUCGUGGGCUUCGACUGCGUGGCCACUACUGGAGAGGAGGCCAAGAAUCCAAAGAGGGAUAUACCAUUGUCAAUCGUUAUGUCGCUGGUCGUCAUAUUCGUGUCGUACUUUACCAUCGCGACUGUCUUGACGAUGAUGUGGCCUUAUUAUUUGCAGGACGCAGAUGCACCGUUUCCUCACGUGUUCGAGCAAUCAGGCAUGCCGGUAAUCAAGUGGAUAGUGACUGUUGGAGCAAUAUUCGCGCUCUGCACCAGCCUGCUUGGUGCCAUGUUCCCUCUACCCAGGGUGCUGUAUGCCAUGGGCUCAGAUGGUGUGCUGUUCCGUUCUCUAGCGGCCAUCAACAUCAAGACGAAGACUCCACUCCUGGCUACAGUCAUUAGUGGGCUCCUCUCUGCGGUAAUGGCAGCCAUCUUCAACCUGAACCAGCUGAUCGACAUGAUGUCCAUAGGAACGCUCCUGGCUUACACCAUUGUAGCGACAAGCGUGCUUAUAUUGAGGUAUGAGGAAGAGAGUCAAGUGAUGCUAAACAGCAAGGCGGUCCCGGAGACCCCCUACAGCGUGGCGAGGCAGACCUUCAACCUGCUGGGUCUCAAGCACCCCACAACGCUGUCCUCCACCAUCGCCAAAUGCACCAUAUGCAUAUUCUUCGUAGCGGCGCUAAUAACGUGCGCAUUGCUGCGGUGGGACGCGGAUAACUCAUCGCUGGGCGUGGGCGUGGGCGUGCUGGGCGGCAUACUGCUGGUCCUCCUGCUGGUGCUGUACCGCCAGCCCCGAGCGAGCGUCGCCAACCUUAGCUUCAAGGUGCCCCUGGUCCCGCUGGUUCCUUACCUCAGCGUGUGUAUGAACGUGUACCUCAUGGUGCAGCUCGACCAACAGACUUGGAUACGGUUCAUCUUGUGGCUCGCUAUUGGUUACACGAUAUACUUCACGUACGGCAUCUGGAACAGUUCUCUGCGGCGCAACGAAGCCAACCUCGCGAUGAAGGCCAACGGGAAGAUCGAGAACGAAAAGCAAUUCACUCAGCUCUGAGGCUGAAAAUGUCAACUGUAAUACGCGGAACUGAAGGCAUCGAGCCGAUCGUUUUAGGACGUGUACGGACUAGCGAUGGGCGAUUGUUGCGAAUAAAACAAUCGAAUGAACCGAAUAAUUGAACAAUCGACUGUCGAUUUACUCGUUUCGACAAAAACAAUCGAUUGUUCAAUUGUUCGAUUCAUAAUGCGGGGUGCACAGUCUGGAACGAAUAAAUCAAUUCAGUCAAUCAAUUGCGCAAUCGUAUUCUAUUUUCGAUACAUUCGUUCCAGGCCCGCGCGCUAGGAAAAAGUCGAGCCAUCGAAAAUAACCGAUUGUUUUUCGAUUGUGCAUUUGUUAUUUGAAUGAAUUGUCCAUCGCUAGUACAGACUAGGCUGAAAUCUACAGAGCCCACUUUGACUUAGUUCAGACUUAAGUUAGGAAUCAAGACAAAAGGUGUGUAAAAUCUUUCGUCAAAGAAAAUACAACUUGAAUGCUAACACAUACACUACUGUAAAAUAAAGAAGGUCUGGAGUCCGGACCUCACAGGCUCUUUUCUAGUAGGUAAUAAAAAAAUAAAAUUUUAAUAGAAAAGACGCAGGUAGUCUAUAAAUAUGAUUUUGAUUUACAUAUAACCAAAAUACCUUAAUAACUGUUGAUUGAAAAAAUUUAAAUUAACUAUAUAGCUAGAUAUAAGUAUACAAAAAUAAAUAAAUAUUUACUUAUAUGUGACUUUAUCAGCGACCAGUAGGUAUAGGUUACAGAGUGAGAAAAACUAGCAAAAGUAGAUACAUUAGAAGGUAAUUAAUAAUUUAAGACAUUAUUUAAUUUAUAUGUAAGUAGGUAUAUUAUUUCAUAAUAUUUAUAGGUUCAUUUUGUAUAUUUUAACUUAAAACAUUUAUUGACGCUACUUUUUUCUUAUACUUAGAGUUCACGCAGACAACUGACUUUUAUUUGAGAUAGAUUUUAUAAGAUGUCGACUGCUUUAUGCUGAAUUUUGUGAUUUGUCUGACAAACAAAUAUAGGAUGUAUGCGAUUACAAUUUCAAAAAAAAAUCUAAGCGUCCGUCCAUUAGAAUAAUAAUUUAAGUAAGUAUCUAUAAUAUGAAACAAGAGGGUUUCACCAAGACCUUGUGCUAGUUGGCACAGGACCUGACUACUAAAUAUACAGAAACCACUAUGUUGUAAAAAUAUAGAUAUAUAAUAUUCCAUUAUUAAAUUCGUCCACAAAAAUGCGCCUGAAUAUUGAAACAGAUCCUAUCCGACUGUUCUGAAACGUAACUCUGUAAUUUUUUUAUGCUUUUCUGAAUGUUAUUAUUGCAUGAUGCGCACGACAAUAGCCGGCAUUAUUAUUUAAUAAAAAACUGGGAGUGCGCGGUUAACGUCGGUCAAAUCAAUCUAAUUUUGCAAAGCAGUGACCCCUAGGUAAGGACCAAUGUUGAUAGAAUUCGAGCGCUGAAACACUUAAGCAUCAUAGUAAAAUGGACCAUAACAGUGUUGUGAUAAAGCUCUGAGCAGAAAGCUUGUGAAAUUGAAAUCAGAGGUACUGAAUUUUUGACUUUAAAUUAUUAAUCUUUAUGGUCAAUUUAACCCUGAGGUUUUUUGACGUUCGAAUUCUACCAGAAUUGGUGAGUUAAAAAAUCGCUUGCUAACCACACUAGUCGCCUCCAGCCACGUGUAUGUGAGUAGCCCGUUUGCGUCGGGCUUUAUGAUAUCAUCCUAUAUUUAAUGAAAAAACUGUUAAUGUAAAGAUGAAAUUAAAUUAAAUUUAUUAGUUGUAAGUAUUGACGAACUGUGAUUAAAAUGAAUAAUUUAAAAAUAAAUAAUACUUUAAUUAGA